GCGGCGCUAGUACGUAUGCGUGCGUGCAUUGCUUUGCGGGUAACUAGUGGACAAAAUUUCUACUCCGUCGGAUUCUCGUGGCAACACUUAUCUUGCACCCUGCGGAAUUCUUGCAUCUUCGCCCGAGUGAGCUGAGAAACCGUGUUCACAUUUUAUUGCAUUGGCAUUUCGUUCGCAAACCGAAUCGAAUCCAACGAGAAGAAGAAUAUAGAACAGAUUGUUGAUUCGCUUUUACCGUGAACAUUACGAAACUAAUACGCCAGCCACGCCAGUACGUCCUACGGCCGCGUUACAAUAAAUUCAUGAUAAGUUGUAAUUGAAAUGUUUUGGAAGAAGAAAGCAAAUUGACGAGAAUUUUUUUGCCUAAAAAUUCCGUGGCAGUGCAGGUGUGCGCUUGUGCUAGUGUGUGUAUGUAUGUGUGAGUCAUUACGUGUGUCAUAAUUUCGGGUGCGUGAACAUCGAGAGCAGUAGUGUCGCUGAACUAUCAAAGUUUGGAAAAAGGGCACAGUGUAAGGUGAAUUGUUCUUUAACAGGAGAAAAGCACGAAAGUGAAAAAAACAUCCAGUUCUAGAAAAGUGCUUAUUGAAGGGGACAGCGACUGGGCGUUGAUUCAGCGGGGAAGCUAAAAAGGAUAUCGUAGUCAACAUGGCUGGCCAAACGAUCAAUGACAGGUUGUUGGCUGCACGGCACAGUCUUGCUGGACAAGGGCUGGCCAAAUCCGUGUGCAAAGCGACCACAGAGGAAAUGAUUGGCCCCAAGAAAAAGCAUCUCGAUUAUUUGGUACAUUGCACCAACGAACCGAACGUUUCGAUUCCGCACCUGGCCACGUUACUAAUCGAACGGUCGCAGAAUGCCAACUGGGUCGUGGUAUACAAGGCACUUAUCACAACCCAUCAUAUGCUGGCCUAUGGCAAUGAGCGAUUUAUACAAUAUCUGGCGUCUAGUAACUCGUCAUUCCAGCUGAACAAUUUCCUCGACAAGGGUGGCGUGCAAGGUGUCGUUGGCGCUCGAAUGGGCUACGAUAUGUCUCCGUUCAUACGACGGUACGCUAAAUAUUUGAACGAAAAGGCGCUGUCGUACCGUACCGUGGCGUUCGAUUUUUGCAAAAUGAAACGUGGCAAGGAAGAGGGCUCGCUGCGCAUGAUGCACGCCGAAAAACUACUGAAGACCUUACCCAUACUGCAGGCUCAGCUGGAUUCGUUGCUCGAGUUUGACUGUACAGCAAACGAUCUCACGAACGGAGUUAUCAACAUGUGCUUCUUGUUGCUAUUCCGCGAUUUGAUACGGCUGUUUGCUUGCUACAACGAUGGCAUUAUUAAUCUGUUGGAAAAGUAUUUCGACAUGAACAAAAAGCAAUGCCGCGAUGCACUGGAUCUGUACAAAAAGUUUCUAACUCGUAUGGAUCGCGUCGGAGAGUUCCUUAAGGUGGCGGAGAAUGUGGGCAUUGAUAAGGGCGAUUUGCCCGACUUGACCAAAGCCCCAAGUUCGUUGCUGGACGCACUUGAGCAACAUUUGCUAGCGCUGGAGGGCAAAAAGGGAUCCGCAGCAAAUACCCCAACUCAAACGGCAAGCAAUCAAAAGAAUGUCAAAAGUGGCGUUAAUGCUCUCGCUUCCACCAGUUCCUCGUUUGGAACGGUUGCAGAAUCGAGUAAAUUUGAUAGCCCUACCAACGGCAUGAUCGACGAAAGCUUAAAGGCACAAGCCCUUGCCGAGGAAGAAGCUGCGAUGAAUCAGUACAAGUCGAAAGUUUCUUCGCCGACCACGGCGACAGCAAUAACCAAUCCGUUCCUGUCGUCGCCCACCGCUAGUCAAAAUAAUAUCGUCGACUUGUUCGAAGCUCCGAAGCCAGCACUGGAUCCACAAGCAGUAGCUGGUGCGUCCCGCGCUUCCGAUGAUCUGCUACAGCUGGGCAAUCCAUUUGCGGAUGUUUUUGCCACACCGGCACCAACCGUGACUAGCGCGGUCCCGGUCGGAUCGGUCAAUGCGUUUGGUGCCAACAAUUGGAUGGGCAAUGGAGGAUUCAAUGGAGCUAUGGCUGGUGCACCAGCUGCUGGAAUGACGUCUGCUGGGCAAGCAGUUACAGCAGGUGACACAUUCGUGUCGGAUAACAAUUUUACGUCCGUUUUCGGGGGAUUGGAACAAAAUGGAGCCAGUGCGCCACCUGCGGCAACCACCCAGCCUGGAAAAGUAUUGACCGGAGACUUGGAUAGCUCACUCGCAUCGUUAGCUGAAAGUUUGACUAUAAACAAGUCAAACUGUGGAAAGAACAUACAAUGGAGCUCCCCGAAAACAUCGGCCAAAACUGGCUCCGCUGGAUGGUCCCCACAGCCACAACCGGCUACCAAUCAGACCGGCUACAAACCAAUGGCACAAGGUAUGGCCGUUUUUCCAGUUCCUAGCACAAUACAUCCCAGCACGCACACUCCCCUUCCUGUAGUGCCAGCAUAUUUUAUUCAGCAAGGAAUGACCCAGAUUAGGCCAAUGAUGGGUGCUACAAUGGCAGGCGCCCCGCCGGUGAUUGCUCCCGGAAUGAUACCUACCGGCAUUCCGCCUCAGCAAUCGGCCCUACCUAGUCAACAGGGGAUGCAUAUGCAACCGGCGAUGCAACAAUCAGUUCCAGUAAUACCUGGCAGUAUGACAGGAGCCGGAAACGUUCAGCUGGAUCCUUUCGGGGCGCUCUAAAUAUACACCUACUCACGAUAAACGCUCAUCCAAUUUCCCCAGAACCACGCGGAGGGGUUCAUAUGAAGAAAAAAAACACCUUAAAAUGCCAGAGCUAAUAAGGACACUGUUACGAAAGUUUACUAUGAAGUGUAAUGAAAAAAUAAGUAGUAUAU